AUGACCAAAUUCAGGCCAUGCAUUGACUUGCAUUCGGGACAGGUCAAGCAAAUUGUGGGUGGUACCCUCAGCCAGGUGGCUGCGGACUUGAAGACCAAUUACGUAUCUAAGCUACCGGCCAGCCACUAUGCGGGAUUGUAUCAAAAGCACGACUUGCGUGGCGGGCACGUUGUGAAAUUGGGGCCUGGAAAUGAAGAGGCUGCACAGGAAGCAUGCAAGACAUGGCCCGGUGGACUUCAAGUGGCUGGAGGUAUCACCGACAAGAAUGCGAAGUACUGGAUUGAUCAAGGCGCAGACAAGGUAAGGCUUGUUACUGCUUUAUGGCGUUGGUCUAUAUUACAUUUGGAUAUUGCUCGUUUGGCUCUUUUGUCAGGAUUCGCAUGCUCUUGCCUUUUUGUGAUCAUCACAUCAUUCCUCUUCCCCGAGGGCAAGUUCUCCCUCGAACGUCUCCAGUCAGUUCUGUCUGCUCUUGAUGGCGACAAAUCAAAGCUUGUUCUGGAUUUGAGCUGUCGCCGAAAAGACGACACCUGGUUUGUCGCAAUGGACCGUUGGCAAACCAUCACCGAGAUGGAGAUCAACCAAGAAUCCAUUGCGCUUCUUGAGCCCUACUGCGCAGAAUUCUUGAUCCACGCUGCGGAUGUAGAGGGCCUCCAGCAGGGUGUCGAUGAAGAACUGGUUUCACGAUUGGCUGAAUGGUGCACCAUCCCAGUGACAUAUGCAGGUGGUGCUCGUCACUUGCAAGAUCUUGAGAAGGUCCACACCAGUAGCAAAGGCAAGGUGGAUCUUACCAUUGGAAGCGCGCUAGACAUUUUCGGGGGCUCUGGGGUGACGUUUGACGAGUGCAUUGAAUGGAACAAGACACAUUAA